AUGCGGCCGGAUUACACUGAACCUAAGAGCCCGUUGCACUGUACUAUGUGUUUUGACCCUGACAGCACCAAUGAAGAAUAUGCAACACUAUGGUCAGACAUGUUGGAAGGAAAACUGUUUGAUGUGGUGACAACAGACAUCUUCGUGGGCCCUCAAGGACUGGCAGCGGCAGUUCAGUUACCCAAUAACUUAAAGAGCUGGUACCAGAUUACAAACUCAAUACCACACAUCACACUGAUGUACCCGUAUCAGAAACAAUAUCCACUAACACCACAGGCUCAGGCAGGGAUAGGGCCUACACUCGAGGGGUUAUUGGAGGCAGGGGUUUUAAUACCAACACAUAGCCGCUGCAACACUCCAAUAUUCCCAGUUAGAAAACCAAACUCAGAUAAGUGGCGACUUGUGCAUGAUUUACGUGCUAUUAACCAUAUAGUUGAGGCAGAAGCGCCCAUAGUCCCAGAUCCACAUACGUUACUCUCCAACAUCCCAGGCAAUACUAAAUGGUACACGGUUAUUGAUUUGUGUUCAGCAUUUUUCAGUAUUCCACUGCAUCCAGAUUCACAACAUUUGUUUGCGUUCACGUAUAACGGCCAACAGUACACAUACACGAGAUUGCCCCAGGGCUAUUGUGAAAGCCCAUCAAUUUUCAAUCGAAUUGUGGCUAGGGAUCUAGCUUCAUUGGAUAUUGAUAGUCUUCUCCUGACAUAUGUUGAUGACAUCUUGAUUUGUAGCCCAACUAAAGAACAGUGCCAGGCAGACUCCCUAAAAGUAUUGAGACUCUUAGCAGAAAACGGACACAAGGUGAGCAAGGAAAAGUUACAGUUCUGCAAACAGGAAGUAGAGUAUCUAGGAAGAGUUUUGCAUGGCACUAGUCGUAAGCUGUCGCCUACGCAUCUAGAGGCGGUCCGUAAAGCUGAUCAAAAGAAAGCUGCAUUGGUUUGGACGACGGAGGCCAUUGCAGCUUUCGAAAUGCUGAAGGAGGAUCUUUGUACAGCACCAGCGCUAGCGAGUCCUGAUUACGGUAAGCCAUUCUUCCUGUAUGUAUCAGAGAAACGAGGCUUCACUAAUGCCGUGUUAACUCAGCAACAGGGACCAGGCAAGCAGCCUGUUGCUUACUUUAGCUGCAGGCUAGACAACAUUGAGAGUGGACGACCUAUGCCUGUGCCUUAUCUACGAGGGCCCUAUAAGGGCCCUUCGCUGGAGCAGGUUGAAAGACUACAGGAGAGUUUCAGUGUUGAGCACCCAUGUCGGUUCUGCUUUGCAAAGAGGAGUGAAAUCCAGGAGAAGGAGACAGUUGACUCCCUGAUGGAGCAACUUGAAGAAAAGCUUCAGUAUGAAGAUCCAGAAUUCAGCAAUUCCCUUGUGAAUCUUACCUACAUUGCUGACUUGCCAGAUAAGCCCACAUGGAACUGUGAUGACAACAACCCCUAA